AUGCCCCGGGCCCUGGAGCAAGUAGACGGCAGCUGGGCCUGGGUCGUUCUGCUGGCUGCUGUGCUGACCCAGGGCCUGACCCUGGGGUUCCCGUCCUGUAUCGGCAUCUUCUUCACCGAGUUACAGCAUGACUUCCAGGCCAGCAACAGCGAGACCUCCUGGUUUCCCUCCAUCCUGGUAGCUAUGCUCCACGCUGGAGGGCCCGUGUGCAGCAUCCUGGUGGGACGCUUUGGCUGUCGAGUGACCAUGAUGCUGGGGGCCUUGCUGGCCAGCCUGGGCAUGGUGGCCAGCUCCUUCUCCAGCACUCUCGGCCAGCUCUACUUUACUGCAGGAUUCAUCACAGGCCUGGGCAUGAGCUUCAGUUUCCAGUCGGGCAUCACGGUGCUGGGCUUGUACUUUGUCCGCCGGCGGGCGCUGGCCAACGCGCUGGCGUCAGCGGGUGCCUCUCUGGGCAUCACCCUGUGGCCCCUCCUGUCCCGCUACCUCUUGGAGGAACUGGGCUGGAGAGGUUCCUUUCUCAUCUUCGGCGGGGUCCUCCUCCACGGCUGCGUCUGCGGGGCCCUCCUGAGGCCAGUGGCCACCACCACCACCCGGACCUCUGAGACUACAGAAAGUGCCCCUCCUCCACUGUCAAAGCCACCUGCACAGAGCUGCCUGGCAGCCUGCGGCCGGGCCGUGCAGCGCCACCUGGCCUUCGACAUUCUGCUACACAACCGGGCCUACUGCGUGUACACCGUGGGCGUGAUGUGCCUGAUCAUGGGCCUCCCACUGCCUCAGAUCUUCCUGGUCCCUUACGCCAUGUGGCACGGCGUGGACGAGCACCGGGCUGCCCUACUCGUGUCCAUCAUCGGCUUGAGCAACAUCGUCCUGCGUCCCGUGGGCGGGCUGUUUAUGGGCCACCGGGCCUUGGCCCGCUACCGCAAGUACCUGUUCAGCCUCGCAGUCCUGCUCAACGGGCUCACCAACCUGAUCGGUGCAGCGUCCGCUGACUUCCGGGUACUGGUGGCCUACUGCCUGCUGUACAGCGUGUCCAUGAGUGGCAUUGGCGUCCUCAUCUUCCAGGUCCUCAUGGACAUCGUCUCGAUGGACCGGUUCCCCAGUGCCCUGGGCCUCUCCACCGUCCUGGAUGGCAUAGCUGCCCUCAUCUCCCCGCCCCUGGCAGGGCUCCUCCUGGACGCCACCAACAACUUCAGUUACCUGUUCUACCUGUCCACCUUCAUCCUCGUCUUGACCGCCCUCUUCAUGGGGGGCAGCUUCUAUGUCCUCCAGAAGAGAGAACAGGGCAGGCAAAGCAAGGCGCAAGGAGACACCCCCAAAGACAAGGACACCCCAGAGAAGCAGCUGUGUCCUGAAAACACAAACGUAACCAACCUCUGA